AUGUCGGCUCUGUAUUUUUCAAAGCAGUUCAUAGUGGAUGUCUUUAUUUUUAUCCUAGUAUUUAUACCUCUGGCCCUACUGCAUGCUCUGGGAAAGCCGGCAGCAAAUGGAUUUUGGUGCCAUGACAAGUCCCUUGGGUAUCCUUACAGGCCGGACACAGUCUCCAUGCCAAUGUUGAUGGUGCUUACUUUUGGAGCUCCGUUUUUAGUGAUGGCGGUGAUAGAAACCAUACGAGCGGCCUACAGGGCCAGGUUGUUCCGGCAGUUUCGAGCAGAAAUUCAAAGUCUGGGCAAAGCUUACGGCGUCUUCCUCUUCGGCAUGGCUGCCAGUUGUAUCUUCACAGAAUCGCUCAAGUACUCCGUCGGCAGACUUCGACCAAACUUUUUGGACAUUUGCAGACCAGACUUCGAUAAACUCAACUGUACAACAGACACGUCUUCAGACAGGUUCAUCACUGAAUACAAGUGCACCAACACACAGAUGGACGAAAGGAUCAUUCAGGACAGCCAACUUUCUUUCCCGUCGGGCCACGCUUCCAUGUCAAUGUUUAGCGCCCUGUUUACUGUUUUUUACUUACAAAUGAGGCUGGAGGUGAAAUUCUCACUGUUCUUGCGACCCACGCUACAGAUGGCCUUGAUUUUGAUGGCGGUGUUUUGUUGUGUUACCCGGGUAACAGACUAUAAACACUUUAUUUCUGACGUCAUAGCCGGCUGUGUGAUUGGGAUCUGUUUGGCUUGGACAAUGUUUUAUAAAAUAGCAUACGAUGUGAUCCCUAGCCAGUCAUCACAGAAGUCUCCAGGUCUACCCAGGGCCACAUCUAUAGAAUCGGAGCCACAAACACCCACACCUUUACUGAGACCAGAACGUUUGAUCAUCAGCCACAGCUAUAGAAACAACUCGGGACCAGACGGCUUGCUCCACAAGUGA